AUGGCCAAGAAGCGCCUCAUGUCGGAGAACGAGUUCGCCACCGAGUACUCGCUCGAGUACUCGGCCGAGCGCGCCGCGUCGCACCGCGGCGUCUUCGCGUGCUGCUCGCGCCUCGUGCCCUUCGUGCGCCUCACCUUCGAGCCGGCGGCCGUCGAGUCGCUGUACCAGGGCUACUUCCGACGCCAGCGCGCCGCCACCCUCACCGUGCUCGUCGCCUUCGUCGCCCUCUUCGGCGCCUACGUGCUGGCCACGUGCGCCGCGCUCUACUCGCGCGAGAAGCUCCCCUCGCUCGUGGUGGCCGCGCUCGGCGUGAGCGCGGGCGCCCCGCUGCUGGCCCUGACGCGCCGAGGCCUCGUGGCCGAGCGGGCGGCGCCCUACGCGGCGUGGCUCCACUCCGAGGUGCUCCUCUACGCAUACCUCGCCUCGUACGCGUCCGGCGGCAAUGGCGCGCAGCCUGCCGACGCGCUCGCGUGGCGCGUCUUCUUCACCUUCGCCCUCUUCAUCUCGAUGCCCCUCGCGCUGCCCGCGCUCUCGCUGCUCGCGCUGCUGCCCAACGCCCUCUACAUCCUCGUCGUGGCGCUCGCCGCCUCGCUCCACGAGCCGCGCGCCGACACGGAGCCCGUCACCCUCGUGCUCCAGCUGGUGGCGGACGCCCUGGUGCUGCUGUGCGGGGCUCUGGCCGGGCUGCUCGCCUACCUCAUGGCGGACCGCAAGCAGCGGCGAGCCUUCGUGGAGGCGAGGCAGUCACUCGAGGUGAAACUCAGCCUCGACGAGCAGAGGCUGCAGCAGGAACGGCUCCUGCUGUCCAUACUGCCGCAUCACAUCGCGGACGAGAUGCUGACGGACAUCAGGAAGGACAAGAGUCAGAACGACACGCAGCAGUUCAGCAGUCUCUACAUGUACCGCCACGAGAACGUGAGUAUUCUGUUCGCGGACAUCGUGGGCUUCACACAGCUCGCCUCCGCGUGCAGUGCGAACGAACUCGUGCGCCUGCUCAACGAACUCUUCGCGAGGUUCGAUCAGCUGUCCGACAAUCACAAGCAGCUGCGCAUCAAGAUCCUGGGCGACUGCUACUACUGCGUGUGUGGAGUGCCCGAAUUCAUCCCGGACCACGCGGUGUGCUGCAUCAAGAUGGGCCUCGACAUGGUGGAGGCGAUCUCCUACGUGCGCAAGAUGACCAACACGGACGUGAACAUGCGAGUGGGCAUCCACACGGGCUGCGUGCUGGGCGGAGUGCUGGGCCAGAAGAACUGGCAGUACGACGUCUGGUCCACCGAUGUGACGCUCGCCAACAAGAUGGAAUCGGCCGGAAUCCCAGGGUUAGGAACUUCCAGAGCGUUGCGCGUGCACAUCUCCCAGUCCACGUGCCAGUGCCUGCACGGGGAGUUCGCCUUGGAGGCCGGCAACGGUGGCGAGCGGAGCGACUACCUCCGGAACAAAUCUAUCAUCACCUACCUCGUGGUGCCCCCCGCCGAGGGGGGCGCCGACGCGCUGGUGCUGAACCGUCGCAGCCGCGUUCACCCCGAGGGCCCGGGCCCCGACGCUGCGCCCGCCUCCUCCUCGUCAGUGGAACCCGACCUGAGUGGCCUCCUCGACGCGGCCCUGGCGGCCAGAGAGACGUGCCAAGGCAAACGCGUGGGACGUGCGGCGUCUAACCGCGGCUUGUCCCGCAGUGCGGAGGGACGACAGACGAGCAAGGUGACCCUGCGCUUCGUCGACUCGGAGCUGGAGUCUCGCUUCGCGUCCGAGCGGGAGCCACAAAGCGGGGUGGCCGUGGGAUGCUCGGUGCUCAUCCUCCUGCUCACCUUCCUCGCCAACAUCCUCAUCUCGCCGCAGCUGAUCGCCAACUACGUCACCUUCGUGCUGGGGGAGACGGUGCUGGUGUCGCUGACGGCGCUGCUACUCGCCGCCGUCUUUCCCAAGCUCUUCAAGAGGAAGCUGGCGCGACUGUCGGCGUGGGUCGACUCGACGCAGUGGGCGCGCAACUCGUGCGCCGUCACCGCCGUGCUGGUGCUCAUCGUGGUGGAGAUCGCGAACAUGGUCGAACAGACGGCCCGCACGCUCUUCCUGUGGAAGCUGGACCUGGCGGCGCAGAAGGAGGAGGUGGGGACGAUGAGGAGGUACAACGACGCCCUGGUGGCCAACAUCCUGCCCGACCACGUGGCCGCCCACUUCCUCAGCGCCAACAAGCGCGACGACCUGCUAGAUGAGACUCGCUUCCGUUGCAUCACAAAGAUCAAGACGAUCGGCAGCACUUACAUGGCGGCGUCUGGGCUCAACCAGAACGAAAACACCGUGGAGUACAGCAGCAAUGAGAAGGAGCCAGGCACCCGCGUGCGGUGGCAGCACGUGGCGGACCUGGCGGACUUCUGCCUGGCGCUCAAGAUGACGCUCAUGAACAUCAACUGCCAGUCCUUCAACAACUUCAUUCUGCGCAUAGGUUUGAACAAAGGCCCGGUGCUUGCCGGAGUGAUCGGCGCCCGCAAGCCUCACUACGACAUCUGGGGGAACACGGUCAACGUGGCGAGCCGCAUGGAGUCCACGGGACAGCUGGGCAACGUGCAGGUGGUGGAGGAGACGUACCUGGUCCUCAAGGACUACGGCUUCCGGUUCGUGCGCCGCGGCGCCGUGUUCGUCAAGGGCAAGGGCGAACUCAUCACCUACUUCCUCAAGGGCCGGGAGAAGCCGUCCAACGGUUUGCCCCACCAGGUCAGCGAGGAGGUGUUCGAGUUCACGGCCGACUGACGUUCCCUCGCCAGGUCGCCCGCGCCCUUGGUCACGUGUUGGGCCGGUGGGGCGAACUGUCGCGUGGACCGAUUAUAACCAGCACUCACCGAUUCGCUCCCGCCACCAGCGUGAGCCAUGAUCGGUGGCCUCCCUAUCACUCUCCUGUCGCUACUGCCACGGCUACGGUUCCCGUGAACUUCACUGCGCUCAACCACCGCUCUCCAGGUCACAACAGCGCACUCGCUCAUCCCCCUCACUCACCCACUCACCACACGGCAGGAUCACUGCGCUGCUCUUUCUGCUUCUUCCCGUAAACAACCUUGCUCGCUUCGACAAACGUAUUAACUCUUGAUCUAUUACAAUGUUAAUCGUGCCGCUUGUUGCUGGCCGAUUGGCACUUUGGACCUUUGGGCCUGUGCUCAUUGACCGUGAAGGAGAGAAAAUAAAUGACGCAGACUUGUCCGGCGCGUGCGCUCGCGAUAGAUGUGCUAGAGCAUGAAGCCUCGCCACAUUCCCGUUUUUGAAUGACCGCCGCGGUGCGUGAACCACGCACGGUUUGCCUCGCCUGCAUUCCCAGAGAGCGAGUGGGAAAACUGGAGCCUUAAACGAUUGUCAGGCACUUGUAAAUUAAUCUUCACGUUGCGUGCAGUAAAUACUUGCACACAGCAGCAAUAACAAUGAUUCAAUCCAUGUCACGCCUAAAUGCAUCCAUAUCUCAAGAAUAUUUACCAAGGGGGUACGGGACACGACAAGGAUGAAACCUAAUCGUUUUUUUUUGUACCGUCAAUGCCGCCUGGCUGAGGCUACCAGGGGGAUAUUAAAUUAAAAGCAGAAGAUGCCUGGUGGGGAUGACUGAUGAUUAGCUGCUGACACAUCACUAAGUCUUCACGCUGCACCGGCUCAGAUGUCCACCGCUGUUGUUGGUUCCGAGCGUGAUUUGGACUCGGGGUCGCCGGAUUGGUAACGGCAGCGUGCCGCCCGCUCCCCACGCUCUAUGUGCACGUGGGUACUUCGGAGUGAAAUGUUACCUUUUUCUGUCGCUUCACGAUCGCCACGGAGUGUGAUCGUAAGUUAAAAAAAUAACCGGUGAAACAAGACAAUGCCGCUUUCAUUUGUUAAGUCUCACGACAACGUCAAACACGGUCGCCGGCUAAGCUCACAGCGGUUGCGCCCACACACACACACACUGCACACACAGACACACCGCACACACACACACAGACACACACACAGACA